AUGCAGCUCUUUCCCUCAAUAGCGGAGAAGCAGGAAGGAUGGCUGCAGAGCACCGUUCGUACGCUCGGCUCGUACGCCCAGAUCAGCACCCCUGCCUACAGUCUUGCCGCCUUGUUCGCCUUAUCGACGCCGUUCGGUUUUGCCUCGCCCGCUCAAGCCGCUGCCGAAGCUGCAGCCAAGUUGCAAUACCAGAAGCACAUCGCUCAACUCGCUCAUAGCGUAUCAUCUCAAGGCUCUAAUGGCCUCGUUGCACGCCUAGUCGCCCAGGUGCAAACGCAAAAGGCUGCCAAGUCGCAAACGCACGCUCCUUUGCGCGUGAUACCGCCGUUCUGGCAACUGGCCUUUUUCGCCGCUGCAUUCGGUACUGGCGGAUACAUCAUCGAUCAAGGUGAUGCACUCAAUGGAAGUGGCGUAGUCUCUGCCUGGUCGCUCACUUAUCUGCUCUUUAAGACGAUCCCAUCCAUCAAACAACUUCCAAAAAACCCUCUGGCAUUCUUGCUCUCUUCCUCAGUGCUAUCGAUUGGACUCGGCAUUCACGGAUGUCACUACUUUGACAGAACAAGCUGGAGAGGCGACAUUCCUUCUCUGACCGCGGCUGAUGCACAAGAAGUCGAGACACAAGGACGAUCUAGGUUGAUUACCAUUCAAAAGGUCGGCAAAGUGGACAGCAGCGAUGCACCUACAAGCAUCUUUGCAGCCAAGCCCGACUCGGCCACAGCAAGUACGACGAGUAGCAUACAUCAAGCUACAUCAGCCCCAAAUCUCAUACACGGCUGCACUCGCAAUAACGACGAUGCCCGAACAGCUGCCUUUUUGUACCGCCAAGGUCGCCGUUCACCACCAGGUCCGAUUGUUCUGUGA